UUUAUUUUCCAAAAUUUGUGACCUCAACCUCAAUUUAAACUUUCAUUUUUCUUUUGCGAUAUAAAUAUUCUAUAACUUGACGAUUGCAACAAUCUUUAGACAACGUAGGAAAUAUUUUGACCCCGAAAUUAAAACAUAUUUAAGCUUUUUAUGUUAAGUAGGUACUCGUAAUAAUCUUACAUAGUGAUACACGGUCCAGUUUAAAAAUAAUUUGUACUCAACAUUAAUUACCUACAUUGUGUAUUAUUUUUAUUUAUUGCUGAUAAAAACCAUUUACAAUGGAAUAAGGUGACAGUGGUAAAUUACAUAUAUUAAAUUGAGAUAAAGGAGAGUUCAUAUCUUAUAUCCUAAUAAAAAUGGCACUGAAUUACAUUAGGGUUGCCCGUAUAUUUAGGGAAGUUUUUAGAGUUAAUACAUGUAGUAAAUUACCCCGCAGAAUCUUUUCGGUUGGAUUACCAGCACUUAACAAAAAAGAGAUUGAAAUUACAUUUUUAAAGGCCAAUGGCGAUCAAAUAAAUACCAAAGGAAAAAUAGGAGAUUCACUUCUAGAUGUUGUAGUUAAUAACAAUUUAGAUUUAGAUGGAUUCGGAGCUUGUGAGGGAACUUUAACAUGUUCAACAUGCCAUUUGAUAUUUGGAAAAGAAACGUAUGAUCAACUACCAAAUAAGCCAUCUGAGGAAGAACUUGAUAUGCUUGAUUUAGCCUAUGACCUUUCAGACACCUCUCGAUUGGGUUGUCAAAUUAUAUUAACAGAGUCUAUGGAUGGUUUGAAAGUAACUGUACCAGCUACUAUAAAUGACGCUAGAAGCUGAUUAGAUAAUUUUUUAAAUUUAUUUAAAUGAAACUAUUAAUCAUAUAUAUUUUUAUAUCUAAUGAAUAGGUUGUUAUCUUCAAUACUGAACAUUCUUUACAUUUAAAAAAAAACUGCUGUUCUAAAAUUGUUGAACAGAAAUUUAUAAGUAACUUGUAAAAUAUAUAUGUAUCUAUAGAGAAAUGAAGUUUAUACAAAGAAUUUAUAGCAUUUAAUUAUACAUUAGUAAUCUUGAUGCUCAAUAAAUAGUUAAGCAUU